AUGCUCUGCGCAAGAACAGCUCCACGAUGCUACAGAACACACAUCUACGGCUUAAAAGCACUACACCCAAGGCUGUUUUCGACUGAGAAGCCUUCACUGCCUGUCCCGCCAGCUCCUCCGACCUCGCAGCACAAUGACCUGCGCUCGUUCCUGGACUACGCGGAGAGAACCUCGCUCUCGACACAGAGCACAACCUACGUGGGGACGCUGUACGAGUAUACGGUGCAGCAGAGCCUGAAGAGACACCGUAUUGACCUCACUCGCAUUGGGGGCCGUGCAGACUGCGGCAUUGAUCUCGUUGGGACCUGGUCUUUGCCGCCGUUGAGGUCGAGGUCGACGUCGACAGCUGCUCAGCCGCUACGAAUACUGGUGCAGUGCAAGGCUCUCAAGACAAAAGUCGGGCCGAACCUGAUACGGGAGCUUGAAGGGACGUUUUCUGGAGCACCUGUGGGCUGGAGGGGAGAGGGGAUACUGGGGAUGUUGGUUAGUACGCGGGAGGCUACGAAGGGGGUUCGAGACGCGCUGGUCAAGAGUCGAUAUCCGUUGAUUUGGGCUCUGGCAGAGUUGGACGGAUCUAUGCGGCAGUUCCUGUGGAACAGGAGGGCUGCUGAAGUUGGGCUGGAGGGUUUAGGGGUGCAGAUCAGACACGGGGGAGAGACAGACCCUCUGAAAAAGACUGUUGUCUUAACUUGGAACGGAGAGGAGAUAGGGCCAGAGGUGUUUGAAUACGGGUUGAUACAGUCUUGA